AUGUUCCGAAAAUUUGGGCCUGGAGAAAAGGCAAACAUUGAUUAAAUGGUGAACCUCACAAGCUGCUUUGGCAAUCCUUAAAAUUAGUUUAAAUCCAUUCAUAUUGCAGGCACUAAUGGAAAAGGUACAGUAUCAAUAAAAACUGCAAGGAUACUCGAGAGUGCUGGCUUCAAGACUGGUCUCUUUAUAUCUCCUCACAUCUCAUCAUUCAGAGAAAGAAUUACUAUAAAUCAGCAACUGAUAUCUUAAGAAGAUGUUGUCAAGCAUGCUGAAAGUGUAUUUGAAACAAUAGAAAAGCAGAAGUUAAAUGUUACAUUUUUCGAGAUUGUUACAAUGAUUGCCUUACUGCAAUUUGCAGAGCAAAAGGUUGACUAUGCAGUGCUUGAAUGUGGGAUGGGAGGUCGAUUAGAUGCUACUAAUGUGAUCACAAAGCCUGAAGUCUGUGCAAUUACUAGCAUUGGCUUUGAUCAUAUGGAGAUUCUAGGUACAACUUUAGAAUAAAUCGCUGAGGAAAAAGCAGGAAUCAUAAAAUAAGAUAUCCCAGUUGUACUAGGACCUACUGUGAAUCAGUAGUCUGUCAUUAAGAAGGUGAGGGAGAUGAAUAGUAAACUAGUAGAAGUAAAAUGGGCAAACUUUAGAAAGGCAAAUCAAGAGGUCGUCAACAACAUUGUGGAUCUUUUGGGUGUAGACAUAUCUGAGGAAGCACGGGCUAAUGGAAUGUCCUUUGAGCAGCCAUGUAGACUAGAGAAAGUUCCUGAAUCAAAUUUGAAAGCAAUCUUUGAAGAUCAUGAUGAGGACAGUAUAGUAUAUAUGGAUAUUUGUCACAAUCCCUAGGCAGUCGAAGCUGUCAUCGAAGAAAUAACAAAGCGUCAUCCUGAUUAAAAAAUACAAAUAGCCUGUGGAUUUUCUAAGAAUAAAGAUCACACUGCAAUGAUGCAUUACAUGGCUUCACAUGCUUCAGUCACAAGUGUAUAUCCAAUUACUUCAAAUCAUUUCAAAAUUUGUCCAAUAGAAGAAAUCUAGGAUAGGGUAAAGGAGGUCUAAAAACUAUUUUUGUCUUUUGAGAAACCAGCAACAGUAUUCUAAGAACCCAUUUAAGGAGGUUUAAUUUCAAGUACUUUGGAAUAGGUAAUCAAGGAGAGCUAGAAGUAGAAAGAUAUUGUGCUUAUAUGUGGUAGUUUCUACAUCAUGGCUGAUGUGAGAGAAUACCUUAAAUAUGACGAUGUAUUUGACCACAAGGAAGUCAACUUCAAAUGA